UCCGUAUAUUUAUCGAUAGGUCGGUUUUGUUUUGAUUUUACAUUUUAAGGAAAAUUAAGGAAAAAUUAGCAAAUAAAGCGACGGACGGCAGAGAUAUGCGCCUGAGCAGACAUAUAUCGCAGCUUUGGCAGAACCGUGUCCCAACCGACAGGCACGUGAACACAUACUUCUUCUUUGCGGUCGUGCGUCUGGCCCUGGUUUUCGUGCCGCAGCCGGGCUAUGUGCAUCCCGACGAGUUCUUCCAGAGCGUGGAAGUGAUGACGGGCGACCACUUCCGGCUGGAGCACACACGCACCUGGGAGUUCAAUAAUUCGAUGCCGCUGCGGAGCAUCACCCUUCCGUUUGCGCUGCUGCGCGUUCCCUGGAGCUUCUACGAGUUCUUCGCCGUGUACAUGCGCAACUUGUGGAAUGUAGAGCUGAUCAGCACCUACGCGUAUGUGGUGUUUCCGCGGCUUAUCUACACCUUGAUCUCGUACAGCAAUGACUGGUGUCUUUAUCGCGUUUGCCGGAUGUACGGACUGCGCUUUGAGAUCCGACUGCUAGCCUUGGGCAGCUCCUGGGUGCUGCUGGUCUUCGGCACGCGAACCUUCUCCAACAGCCUCGAGAUGGCCAUGUGCUCGUGGCUGCUCUGCUUGGUGUCCGAGUGCAUGCUGAGGACUAACACGGUGGUAUACAAGAAGGAGUUCCUGGAGGAGAAGUACGACAAGGCGGAGUCCAUCAGCGAGCGCGUCAAGAUCUGGAAGCUGAAGAAUGCCCUGCCGCCGCACAACUUCCAGCAUAUGUUUACCGUGUCCAGUAUCUGUGUGGCUGGCGUCUUCAAUCGGCCUACCUUCCUGCUCUUUGGCGCACCCAUGGUAUUCUUUUGGCUGCUGCGCGGGAUGGGCACACGCAGCGUAACCUUUAGGGACUUUAACCUACGCAUCGGACUCUUCUGCUUGUACGCCCUGCCAGCGCUGUUCCUGUUCAUAUUCUGCGACUCGCUGUACUAUCAGCAUCUCACAGUGGGAGAGCUGCACAUGAUGCAGCUGGGCAUUGACAACUUUGUGUUUACGCCAUGGAACUUUGUCAAGUACAACCUGAACUCCGCCCAGACGGCCAGCCAUGGUGUGCAUCCCUGCUAUGUCCACCUAAUGGUCAACAUGCCGCUGCUCUUCAAUGUUCUCGCCCUGGCAGGCCUCGGGGCAUUUGCUCAGAUCCUUCUGCGCUUCUUUCGGGCCGAAUACCAAGUGCUUCCGCGCUUCCAAAGCAUUGUCUCGCUCAUGUCUGGUGCCAUAUUUGUGCCACUAUUUUUCCUGUCGCUCAUCAACCAUCAGGAGCCUCGCUUCCUUAUCCCAAUAACCUUUCCUUUGCUUCUGCUGCAUGGUCCCAAGCUGGUGACUGGUUUCAGUGCCAAGUAUCCUUUCCAGAAGGAGCACCCCCUGCUGCGCAGGUUCUACGACCGCCUGCUCUCCAGCAAAGCAUCGGCCCCUCAUCUGCUGAGGAUUUGGUAUGUGAGCAACGUAGUGUUGACUGUCUUCUUUGGCUUCAUUCACCAGGCGGGUAUUUAUCCGCUGGCCGAGACCAUGGCCCAUGUGAUGGCCACCAAGCCAGAGGCCACCCACGUUCACCUAAUGACCUCGCACGUUUACAGUCUGCCCCUGCACCUGGUGAAUAUUCCCAGCUCCCGAGUGCUCCAAUUCAAUCCGCACACCCAUAACCGCUAUCGGCGCCAGAGGGACUUCUACUUGUACGAGUACGGGAGCCAGCCCUUGGACAACCUUUUGCACAAGGUCAAACUGAUCAGCGGCAAUUGCGAGGUCAAGUUGACCGGACCGACUCGGCUGCGCUAUAAGCUCUACCUGUCCAUUCCCGCCUCCUUGAGUAGCGAUCUCUACGAGGCCUUGGUUCGCUCCAAUGCCAGCAGUUAUCUAAACUUUGAGCUGCUUCACGUUUUCUAUCCACAUCUAUCCACUGAGGCUUUUCCCAGAAUACUGGGCCGCCAUCCCUGCGAUGUGGAUGCUCCGCACUGGGCUCACGACGACCUACGGGGCACCUGUGCCGUGGAGCAAUCGCCAGCUUUCAGCUACUCCUACCUGACGAAGCAGUUCAGCUCUUUCGUGCAUCAGUUUGGACUGGCGCUCUACGAGAUCGAUGUGCGACGAAAGCGGCAGAGGCAAGUUUGUGAUGCAUACUCGGGUCAAUCGAUGGAUGAUCUGGUCUUGCUAAUGUUUCGCCAUUUAUCCUUACAGUUCCUCAUCUGCUUGGCUCUCUGCUUUGCCGUCGCUCAGGCUGGCUUCCUGGCUUCUCCGGUUACGUAUGCUGCUGCUCCAUCGUAUGCUGCCACCUAUGCCGCUGCCCCCGUGGCCUACUCGGCACCAGUGACCACCUAUGCUGCUGCUGCUCCGGCUUAUUCCACCUAUGCUGCUGCCGCUCCGGCUUACUCAACCUACGCCGCUGCUGCUCCAGCCUACACCGCCUCGUUGUACGGCGCCUCAGCCUAUACCGCUCCUGUGACCACGUACGCCGCAGCUGCUCCUGCUUACACGUCCUAUGCUGCGGCUGCUCCUGCGUACACCACCUAUGCUGCUCCAGCCAUCGUCAGCCCCUUCUUGAAGAAGAAGUAAACGCUCUUCCUUUGCGUACCUUCUGAACCAUCCGAAAAAUAUGACAACUAAAUAAACCUCCCAAUCAAAGCAAACUUGAA